GGGGAGCGGGGCGGAGGGGGCGCUCGGGCGGCUCAGAGGAGGGCUCUUUCUUUCUUCUUUUUUUGAAUGAACGGUGUGACGUCGUACAGGAAAUCAGUCGGUUUGAGAGGAGAAUGAAGAGGCCAGACCCCCCCCCGCCCCGCGCCCGCCCCCUUCCUCCCCGCCCCCUUUUCCCCCGCUGCCCGCCCGCCCUCCGCGCUCCCGCCCGCCGCUCUCGGUGUCCCCGCCGAGCCGCCGCCGCCGCCGCCGCCGUUGCCGCUGCCGGAGAAGGUGCCUGGGCGCCGGGCCCUCCCCGCCGGCGGCAAUCACCGCUCGGAGCGGGCUGCGCGGCGGGAGCUCGGGGAGGCGGCCGCCGCCAGCGCCGCCCGCUCAGGAGCAGGAGGAGGAGAAAGGGUGCGCAGCCCGGAGGCGGGGUGCGCCGGUGGGGUGCAGCGGAAGAGGGGGUCCAGGGGGGAGAACUUCGUAGCAGUCAUCCUUUUUAGGAAAAGAGGGAAAAAAUAAAACCCUCCCCCACCACCUCCUUCUCCCCACCCCUUGCCGCACCACACACAGCGCGGGCUUCUCGCGCGCGGCACCGGCGGGCCGGGCGCGUCCUGCCUUCAUUUGUCAAGCUGCUUUUCGGAAAAUGCAUUUGCCGUUCGGAGUUUAAUCAGAAGAGGAUUCCUGCCCCCGUCCCCGGCUCUUCCAUCGCGCCCCCGCCCCUGUCUCUCUCCCGUGGAGGCGUGAAGCGGUCUCGGGGAUAGAGAUCCAUGUCUGUGCCCGCGCGUGUGUGUGCGUGUGUAAACUGCCGAGAGGGGGAGAUCACAGGACUUCUGCAAAUAUUGGACUGAGAAUUGUAAUUCAUCUGCCGCCGCCGCUGCCUUUUUUUUCCUCGUGCUCUUGAGAUCUCCGGUUGGGAUUCCUACGGAUUGACAUUUCUGGGAAGCAGAAGUCUGGGAAUCGAUCUGGAAAUCCUCCUAAUUUUUUACCCCCUCCGACCCCCAACUCCUGAUUCAUUUGGAAGUUUCAAAGCAGUUAUAACCGGGGAGUUCUGAAGAUUGACGGGAUCGUCGCCUUAUGCAUUUGUUUUGGUUUUGCAAAAAAGGAAACUUGACAGAGGAUCAUGCUGUCCUUAAAAAAUACAACAUCCCGGAGGAAGUAGACGGAUAUUAACGAUACUUAUUAAUAAUAAUGUGCCUCAUGAAAUAAGAAUCCGAAAGGAAUUUGAGUAAAAAUUUCCUGCAUCCCAUGCCAAGGGGGAGACACCGGAAUCAAGUGUUCCGCGAGACUGAAGACACCCCCUCAUCCAAGAAUGCAAAGCACAUCCAAUAAAAUCGCUGGAUUAUAACUAUUCUUCUUUCUUUCGGGGCCGUGGGGUGGGAGCGGGGGCGAGAGGUGCUGUUGGUACCCGGCUGCUUUUCCUCGGGAGAAGGAUGGCGCACGCUGGGAGAACAGGGUAUGAUAACCGGGAGAUAGUGAUGAAGUACAUCCACUAUAAGCUGUCGCAGAGGGGCUACGAGUGGGAUGCCGGAGACGUGGGCGCCGCGUCCCCGGAGACCGCCCCCGCGCCGGGCAUCUCCUCCUCCCAGCCCGGGCGCACGCCCCAGCCCGCUGCGCCCGCGGACCCGGCGGCCAGGACCUCUCCGCCGCCGCCCCCGGCCGCCCCUGCCGCCGCCGCCGCCGCCGCGGGGCCUGCGCUCAGCCCGGUGCCACCUGUGGUCCACCUGACCCUUCGCCAGGCCGGCGAUGACUUCUCCCGUCGCUACCGCCGCGACUUCGCCGAGAUGUCUAGCCAGCUGCACCUGACGCCCUUCACCGCGAGGGGACGCUUUGCCACGGUGGUGGAGGAGCUCUUCAGGGAUGGGGUGAACUGGGGGAGGAUUGUGGCCUUCUUUGAGUUCGGUGGGGUCAUGUGUGUGGAGAGCGUCAACCGGGAGAUGUCACCCCUGGUGGACAACAUCGCCCUGUGGAUGACUGAGUACCUGAACCGGCACCUGCAUACCUGGAUCCAGGAUAACGGAGGCUGGGACGCCUUUGUGGAGCUGUACGGCCCCAGUAUGCGGCCCCUGUUUGAUUUCUCCUGGCUGUCUCUGAAAACUCUGCUCAGCCUGGCCCUGGUGGGAGCUUGCAUCACCCUGGGUGCCUACCUGGGCCACAAGUGAAGUCAGCAGGCCCACCCCAAACAAAUAUGCAAAAGGUUCACUAAAGCAGUAGGGAUAAUAUGCAGUCAGUAAGAUACCAUGCACCCAUGCUGUGGUCUCUUUAAAAACAAACAAAAAUAAAAAACACAAACACACACACAAAAAACAGCUUUCAGGCAAAACGUCGAAUCAGCUAUUUACUGCCAAAGGAAAAUAGCAUUUAUUUUUUACAUAAUUAAAAAAAAAGAUUUAUUUAUUUAAGACAGUCCCGUCGAAACUCCUGUCUUUGGAAACCCUACCAUUAAUUGCCAACCACCGCUUUGCGCAGCUCCACCUGGAUGUCCUGUGCCUGUAACAGGGACUUGUGGUCCGUGUUGCUGGCUGGACUAACUCACCAUCUGAAGGGCAAAGGGACAAAGGGCCUGGCUGUUGGGGAAGCUGGUUUUCUGGCUGCUUGAGCUUAGAAAGAAGUGUUCAUUUUCCUUGUUGCCCUGGGGGCCGUGAGAUUAAUAGAAGGUGCUUGGAGGGAAGUCCAUUCUUCUCUGGCCUGAGGAGCAGACACUCUGCAUAUGACUCGCAUGGUACAUACCUGGUUGGAGGAAAAAAGCUGGGAACCUCAGAUGGACGUGGUACCUGCCAAGAUUUCCAUGCUGAAGGACAGCGAUGGGAAAAAUGCCGUUAAACUACAGGAAAGUAUUUUUUUAAGCUACCAAUUGUGCCGAGAAGCAUUUUAGCAAUUUAGACAAUAUCAUCCAGUACCUUAAGCCUUGACUGUGUAUAUUCAUAUAUUUUGGAUACGCACCCUCACCCCCCCACCACCACCCCCAAAAUACUGGCUCUGUCUGAGUGGAAGCAGAAUCCUCUGGAAUACGAGGAAGGGAACGUUUGGUGACCUCUUUGGGCAUCGGGAAGGCGCGUUACCCAGAGCGUCAGGCCGCCACAAGUGCCUGCCUUUAGGAGACCCAAGUCUGCAGAACCUGCCUUGUGUCCCCACCUCGGAGGCCUGGCCCUGGAACUGAGCCUGGACACUCGCUGGCCUCCUCGAGGGUUUCAGCAGAACGCUGUGGUCUCGGCGCGUUUGGAAGCUGAGCGAGCCCGGAAUCCGCCGUUUCUGUUCGGGGAGCGCAGCGCGGGGCUCGGCCUGGACUCGGCCUGCGGCGCCCCGGGAGGCCCAUCUUCACGUGCGGCCUGGAAGCCGAGGCUCUUCUUAAGACGUUUCUCACUGUGGAGGGAAGGAAAAGAGGCAGAGGGGCGGGGGCGGGGAGGCUGCGAAGCUGUCACCGAAAGGAAACGCCAGCGAAGGAGACCACCGCGCGUAUUUUGUGUUUUUUUGGUUUGGGGGCCGCAGCGCAUGCGCGUUGGCUGCGCGGCCCUGGCCCAUCUGCACAGCUUAAAGCAAGUCUUUAAAUGACUUUUGGGAGGGUCAUAAGUCCUCAAGGAAGCGUCGAAAUGAGGUGUCAUGGGUUAAUUGACCUAUGUCUGUGUAAUUACAUGUAAAACAUUAUCUUGUCAUUGUAGUUUGGUUUAUUUGAAAACCUGCGAGAGAGAGAAAAAAAAGUUCCAGGAGUGUGGGUAUUACCUGUCCAUCCUGGGGCACUAAAAGAAAAAAAAAAAAAAAGUGAAAUCAAUGGUGGAAAACUAAAGAAAUGGAAUCUCCUGCUAAUAAACUAGAAAAUAUUUUUCAAGUUUAGAAACAGGCUUGAGACAUUUGUGGAAUAAUUUUGUGGCAUUAUCACAUUAUGUACCAUUUACCUGUAUUAUCUUUAGAAUGUACUAUGUUUGAUGUUUAAUGCUGUGGUUGAUAUUUCAAAAGCUGCUUUAAAAAUACAUGCAUCUCAGAUUUUUUAAAAAUUGUAUUUAGUUAUGGCCUCUACACUAUUAGCUUGCAAAAUUGAUCAUUUUCCAUUUGAGAUUUUUGUCUCCUGAUUCUUCAAAAGCAUUUCUGAGAAGGUAAGAUAAGCCCUGAGUUUCAGCUACCUGAGAAACCCUGGAUUUCGGGAGCCACUGAGGAGCUUUGUUUUAACCAAGUUCUGUGCAUUUCCAUGUCAACAGAAUUGUUGACUCCUGCUAUUUAGGAUUACAUGCAUGUUUGGUUAAACUCAUAAGGUUCAUUUAGUUGGAAAUCUAGAUGGGAAAUGAUCACAGGAUUAAAAUCUGGCUAGGUGGUUAGACCUUUAGACAGUUGCUUUACGUGGACUGUUUCGGCACAGACCCACCUAGAGACCUCCUGCCUUCCUUUCGCAGGGCCCUUUUCUGUGGCUAUCCUUCAGGUCCUUCCUGAAAUGCAGUGGCCCUUAUGCUGCACUGAGAAAGCAGGAAACCUGUGGUAUGAAGCCAGACCUCCCUGGCAGGUCUCAGGGAACAGGAUGAUCAGACCUUUGAAUGAUUCUAAUUUUUAAUCAAAAUAUUAUUUUAUGAAAGGUUUACAUUGUCAAAGUGAUGAAUAUGGAAUAUCAAAUCCUGUGCUGCUAUCCUGCCAAGAUCAUUUUAAUGGAGUCAGUUUGCAGUACACUCCAAGGGGUGAGAUCCUCCAAGCUGCUUCAGAAGUAACAAUGAAGAACAUGGACAUUUUUAAUAUAAAGCCUGUUUGUCUUUCAUUGUUACUGUUGUUAUUCAAACUGAGAUUCGCAGAGUAUUUGAAAAAUGUAUAUAUAUUAAAAAAAAGGUCAUGGAGGCUGUUUUGGCUGGUUUCCUUUUGCUGUGGAGUUUUGUUAUUAUCUGUUUUUUACAGUAAAUUUAAAUGUGCACGGCCGCCUGACCCCAGAACUGUACAGUAUUGUGGCUGCACUUGCUCUAAGAGUAGUCGAUAUUGCAUUUUUCUUCUUGUUAAGAACAUGUUAGAAGCAAUGAAUGUAUAUAAAAGCCUCAACUGGUCGUUUUUUCUCUGCCUUUUUUUUUAUGGUGUCAAAAUCUUUUGUGAUCUGGCAACAGACAACCAUCCCUACCUAUGUCAGGUUGCAAAGGGAUUCACACCUGAAUCUUAACUCCUCUUUAUGAAUGACACGGAGUCCUCUUAAGUACUCCCCUUUACGUUGGCCAAGGUCCAAUAGAACACACAUAUUCUCCAAAUUUGGGUCAACGGCUCUAAAAAGAGCCCACAAGAGAAGAGCAUCCAAGGACCUCCUUGGUCCUCCCAAGCUCUCACUGCACAAGUAUCUGAAAGAGGGACCAAAAUGACAACUGACAUAUUCUUCAGCAAACAGUUCAUCCCAGAAGAUUUUGCAGGGGCUGAAAAUUCCUGUAGGUUUAAGAUUUGGAUUAAAGUCACAUUGAUAAUUAAGGAAGUACCUUGAUUUAGCUCAAGCAAAAAAUCAACAUCCUCUUUCCCAGCUCACUAAUCUCUGUAUAUUCAGAUGUGGUCUUCCAUUUAUAUGUGACUUUCAUUUCAUUAGUAAAUGUGUACUGCUUGUCAUCUAAAGACCCAGCUUGGGCCCAGUGUGAAAAAUUACGAAGUGAUUAUAAAUCAAGAGGAGUUAAAGUAAUCAGGAUUACAUGUAAAUAGUCAAGGCAAUCCCAACACCUGUCUAGCCUUCACAUCAAAGAUCUACUGAAUGAACAGAAUUGCAAAUAGUCCAUAUUUGUGAUUAAACUUAUACUAAAAUAAUUUAUAAAUGUGAACUUGAACUCUGAUUCCAAUUGUACUUGUAAGGCAGUGACUGUUUUUAUACUUUCUUAUCUAUCACUUAUAGUUAGUAACAUACACCUACUCAAUCAGAGAAAAAAACAGGAAGGGCUUGAAAUAUAAGCCAUUCUGAGGAAAUUAGGGAGUCAGUUGAAAUUCUAUUCUGAUCUUAUUCUGUGGUGUCUUUUGCAGCCCAGACAAAUGUGGUCACACACUUUUUCAGAAAUACAAUUCUACAUUGUCAGGCUAAUGAAGGUUCCAAUCAGAUCUUUAUUGUUAUUCAAUUUGCAUCUUCCAGGGAUUUUUUUUUUUUUUUUUUUUUUAAAUUAUUGUAGGACAAAGGACAUUUGUUGCAAGGAGGGAGGAAGAAUUUUCAAAUGAGUAAAAUAUUUCGAAGAUUGGAUCAGGGCGUGGAGGUUUUCAGAAUAGCCAGAACUGUGGAGUAUGAAGGCCCUUUACUAAGGCCAAUGUGAUGCUUCUGAGAAGGACCUUAUGUGACCAAUGAAAAUCAUUUUUAAGUUCUAUGGUACGUUUAGAUUCCAGAGACAUUGGCACAGCCCAAUUCCCAGCUCAGUUUGGCAGUGCAAUAAAUUCUAAACUGGAUAUGUCUAAAGGGCAUUGAAAUAAUAAAUUUGCCAGUUUUAACCAACAGGAUAUUUAAUGGCAAUAUUCUGGUUGGUAGGGACCUGUUUCUAAAUGUUUAUUAUGCACAACACAGAAAAAAACUGUAAUUAUAUUAAACAAUGUGAAGCUGAAUUGGGUAAGUGAGAACACAGGUCCCUUAGCCUUACCUAAUGAAUUAUUCUGUUCCAUGUCUUUGGACAAUCAUGAAAUAUAAAUGUCACUGGGCACAAAGAAAACCAGAUGGAGUAUGAAUGGUACUGCACCAAUUCAUCACAACUACCCCAGAAAAAUAACUUAAAGCCUACGUCCUAUUGAUGUCAAAGUUGUUCUGUAUACCAAGCUUAGCACAGAAGACAAAAAUAUUGUGGAAGAGGGAAAGGCUAGCUCACACAAAAAAUCCUGGGAUGGUUGUUAAUAAAUAUGACUGUGGUAGAGAUAGUCAGUAAUUCCAUGCACCUAAGCCUUUUGGGAAAUCUGCAGUGGGCUCCCCCAGCUAGCUCAUUUCAUUACAUUUUUCUCUCCAAGGUAGCAUUUGAAGUUGUGACCACUGAUUAAUUUUUUUAGUGGGAAGCUUUCUUUUGGUGGUUGUGUUUUUUAUGAUAUCUUUCUUUUCAGCCAAGGUUUGCCUUUGUUUUGAGUUACUGGGGUUAUUUUUGUUUUAAAUAAAAUAAAUGUACAAUAAAUGUUUCCGUAUUAAAAGCUUUUGUUAUCAAGAUUUUCAUACUUUUACCUUCCAUGGCUGUUUUUAAGAUUGAUACUUUUUAGGGGUGGCUGAUGUCCUGCAACACUGUACACACACAAAAAGUGUGUGGUAAGCAUACUUUACAUAGCAAGGUAAAGUAAGUCUCCAGUUGACCACUGUUAAAUAUAAUAGCACCUUGUGUUGUUGGAAAAAAUCGCAUUGCUAUUAAACUUUUCUUGUCUGUCCAGUUAAUACAAUGAAAAAAAAAAAUAAAGUACAGUGUGAGAUA